CAGGAGAAGUGCAGCACCGUGUGUAGAAGGCUCCGGUCGAGAUGAGCAAUCCCUACGAGUGCUGCAACAGCAAGGCGAAGUUCAUCAUGCAGAUGCAUGGUAACUUCAAAGACAGCAUGGUCGUACCAGAGAGGCUGGUGGACCAUUUCGGAGGAAAGAUCUCUGGGACCAUCAAACUAGAAGCCCCUACUGGUCAGAUAUUUGAUGUUGGAGUUGCCAAGAAGCCGAACGAAAUGAUUCUGCGGUCUGGAUGGGAGGCGUUUGUUGGUGCCAAUCAGAUGGAAGAGAACUAUUUCUUGGUGUUUCGACACCUUGGAAUGUCCUGCUUCAAGGUUACCGUGUUUGAUUCCCAUGGCGAGGAGAAAAUCUCGUGCCGUGCUGGGACGAAAAAUCCUACCCAUGAUGAGAACCCAUGCGCAUAUUGUGCCGAAAAGUCGAGCAGUUCUUGGGAUGAUGCUUCAGAUUCAGAUGGAUGCUGUAGAAAACCAGGAAAGAAGCCUGCAGCAAAAUAUCCAUCUUCCGAUGAAUUGUCAGCAGACGAUAGUGGGUCCGAAAGCGAGUCUAUGGAGUCUGAUGAUUUUCAGGGGCUCUCAAAAGAUUAUGUCUUAGCAGGGCGAUGCCAUCUUACACAAGAACAAGAGGCUGAAAUCAAUGUGUUCGUCACAGAACUUCGAUCUGAAAUCCCUCUGCUUGUGGUGAUGAUUAAGAAGACCAAUGUGUACCACUAUCUGAUAAUACCCAAGGAUUACGCACGUGCACACUUUCCACAUAAAAAUCAAUUCAUCUCACUGAAGCUGCCUGGGAAGAACAAAGCUUGGUCAUGCAAAUUCUUCACCGGACGUGAUGGAAGUGGAGGCAGGCUUUCUUUGUGUGAAUUUGUCCGUGAUAAUCGUGUAAAGGAGGGCGAUAUCUGCCUUUUUCAACCGAUGACAGAGGUUGAGUCAACAAGGUUCACCUUUAUGGUCCAUCUGCUUCACAAAGCUGGAAGAACUGACAUCGGCUCAACGCACGGAGAAGACAGUCUAUCUGAAUAUGGAUCUAUCCGGUCGGAUGACCUGGAGACUUCGUCAGAGGUUCGCUAUAUCUUGCCAAGCAGGUGCCAACUUGAUGAAGAAGAUGAGGUGGGAAUAGAUGCUCUUGUUGCAAAAAUUCAACCUGAAAUUCCUUUGCUAGUGGUUAAAAUGAAGAAGAGCAAUGUCAAUGGACCACAAGCUACUUUGGUAACUCCUAUUCUGCACUGGGUCAUUUCAAAGGGUUAUGCAGCUGCACAUUUUCCUAGUGAAAGCCAAACAAUCACAUUUAGACUCGUGGGAGGGAAAAAGUGGCAUCCCCAUUUCCAUGUCAGACCGGGCAACAUCGGAUAUGUCCUUAAUGGGCGGUGGUUUGAUUUUGUCCGUGACAAUCAUCUGCAUGAGGAGGACAUCUGCCUCCUUCAACCGAUCAAUAAAAGCGAGGGGAGAAGAUUCACAGUGAUGGUGCAUCUGCUUCCCAAAGCAAGAAGCACUAGAAGAUCCAAGUGUGGAGAUGCUGUCCCUGGCUCAAAUAAGAAAGCCUCAACAUCCUGUGUUAAGGACGAGCUAGUUGAUGGGCCGUCAGAUGAUUCUAACAGAUCAGGGUACGUGGUCACCAGCGUUCAGUAUCUAAAAGAGCUAUCCAUACUGUUCACUGCGGAUGAUGUGGAAUGCCAUGGCAAGCCUCUCGUUCUUCACCGGUUCCAGCAGGCAGAUAUCUCCAGCGUGCAGAUGGUUGUCAGCUACGAACUCGUGCCACCCUCCUUCCGGGAUCAUCCGCCUGUGGCGCACCUUGACAUGCCAUGCCUUGCCCCGCCCAGCUUGACGGAGCGUCAGCGUUUUUUUCCCAUCUGGAAGAUGUCUAUCAGCAGGAAAAAAACGCUGACGCUCCAUCAAGCUGGGCGGGGCAAGGCAUGGCAUGUCAAGGUGCGCCACAGGCGGAUGAUCCCGGAAGGAGGGUGGCACGAGUUCGUAGCUGACAACCAUCUGCACGCCGGAGAUAUCUGCCUGCUGGAACCGGUGAAGAACGAGAGGCUUGCCAUGGCAUUCCACAUCAUCCGCAGUGAACAAUAUGGAUAG